AUUCAACUUUUGCGGUUAUGGAUCAUAUUGAUAUCAAUCAUACAGAGGCUAAUAUAGAGGAACCCAACUUAUAUAAAGGAAAGAAAUUUUCAAACUGGAUUAUUUGUGAUUCAUUUUUGGACAAAUGGAGUAAAAGUAGAG